AUGGCCAUGGCACUCAAGGAGCUGUCGGCAUCUCUUCGCGAGCGCAAGGCGAUUGUGUUCUCGGAGUUGCUUUUGAGACACGCUGAGGCUGAGCGGCCAGCAUCACGUCCGCGCUCCCUCGGUGCCGAUUGCCGGGAGACCCGAUCCUGGGAGACCAGCUUCUUCCGCCUCGAAGAGCGCUUCCUCCGCCUGGACGGAGACGUGGCAAUGCUGCGGCAAACGCUGGAUUCGGAGGUCGCGGCACUCCGCCACGGCUUGGCGACCAUGGCGGAGGCGCUGCACGCCGUUGAAGCUGCGCUGCAAGCAGAGGUCGAGCAACAAAUCGCCCGGGACAGUCACGCCGCAAAUCUUGGAGGGCAAAUCAAGGACCUGCGCCUCGAUGUCACGGAGCUGCUGACACUGAAGUUGAAGCCUCGCCUCCUCGCGCUGGAAAGGGAUGCAGGCGAGAUGCGAAGGCGGCUGCUGUCGAUUCGACAGCCUGGCACCACGGGCGGUGAGCACACUGGCUGCCGCCGCAGCCCAGCUGCCGACGAAUCAGAGAAGGCGAAGAAGUCACUGCAAGAGGUGGGGGAGGCCUUGCUCGAAAGAGCGCGGCGGGAGUUACAGAGGCAGGAAGAGGUCGCGCAAAGCCACGUGGCCCAGCACCGCUGCAUCGAGGCAUCCCUGGAUGCCAGCAGCCGGGAGUUCACGGCGGAGGCCCGAAGCAGCAUACAGCUCGCAGAGCAGAAGGCAGAGGCGCUGGCCCGUGACGUGGCGCGCCAGGUGGGCCGAAGUGCUGCAGAGGAGCAACUUGACCAGGCUUUGGGGACGCUCCGCGAAGAGCUGAGCGGACUCCGAGGCAGUGCAGCGGAGGCCAGCUUAACCUGGCGAGCAGAGCUGGCGGAGACGAAGACGUCCUUCACUGAGGCCGACAUGCAGAUCCGUGACCAGCUCCACGGGUUGCGCGGGUCCCUUGUGGAGGCAGAUGGCAUGCUCCGAGAUGGGCUCGAGGAUGUGCGAGCAUCGUCCAGCGAGGCGAAUAAGGCGACGAGCGGCUUGCAUCGAGAACUCGAAGCAUUCAGCUCCGAGGUGCGCGGAACGCAAGAGGAGGUCCUCUCCCUAAAACGAGGCUCGCAGGAGGCCACCGCCACCGUGCGCGAGGGCUUCGCCAAGGUCCAAUCGCUGUCCACAGAGGCAAUCGCAGGCCUCCGCAAGCAACUCGCCGAGACGAAGACCGACUUGGCAGAGGUGGAGAAAAGCCUGCAGGUGGAUCAAGCGAAAGCUCUAAAGCUUGCAGGACAUGCUGAGACCGAGGCGCAGACAGCUGCGCAGCAGAAUUCCCGGCUCGCUGCUGGUGUUCGAGGCGUCGAGGAAACGCUGGAACGUCGCAUGCAAUGGGUGGCCACGUCCAACAGCGAGUUGGAGGCCUCCCUUGGCCAUGCAUUUGCCGAAUCCCACUCGGCUUUGGCAAGAACUUCCCGAGCACUGGCAGCUGAGGUAGUGGCUGAACGAUGCCGCUGUGCGCAGACAGAGGAGGAUGUGGUUGCCCGGCUCCGCAGGUUCGAGGAUGCAGUCAGCGGCGACUCUCGCUUACAGGCUGAUGCAGUGGAGCAGCUCAACCAGGCCAUUGCCGCUGCGGCGCUGCGGAGGCAGGGCGAGGAGCGCAACCUCCUGAAGAAGGUCCAAGAUGCUCUCCGCAGUGUGGAGGAACGACGACCCCUGGAGCGUCGGGAGCUCGUCGAGGCUGCAGGAAGAGCAGUGGCAGAGGCUCGUUCAGACUUGCUGGAAGAGCUGCGAGAGGCUGCUCAGCAGGAUCUGCGACGGGAGAUGGCACGACUGCACAGAGAGGUGCGAGAAGCGCUGCAGAAGGAAAUGGGAAGACUGCGGCAGGAAUACACCACGUCCGUGGAAACACAGGUGCGGCGGGGCCUGGCUGCUUCCGAAAGCAGCGGCGAGCGGCGCGUGGAGGAGAUGCUGAGAGACCAUCGAACUCGUGAAAGGAGCGAGGCACGCGUCGUGGCCAACACGGCAGAAGCCUUCUGUGAGGAGCAGGCCAAGGCUGCUGCGGCCAAGAUGGAGGAAAGAGCAAAGCUCAUGGCUUUGCAGGCUGAGGAAGCGACCCGACAACUCGCACAGACGAUGCAGGAUCAGGCGACGUUUGCCGUCAAGCUUGCAGAGGCCACUGCCCAGCGCUGCGCAGCGCGCGCAGAGGAACGAGCCGAGGAGCUGGCGAGAAAAGCGCAGGAGGACGCCAGAAACAGCUUCAGCGUCCACCUGGAGGAUCUCCUCAGCACCAAGUUGCAAGCAGUGGAGAGCAUUCAGGCAUCCGUGCAGACCAGCGUCUCUGGCAUGGAAGAGGCCACGCAGAGCCUUGCUGCCCGCUGCCGAGCCGGGGAGCUCCUGGCUGAGCUGGCAGAGGGCGAGUCCUCAGCUGCAGCGCAGCAUGCGCGAAACGCUCAGGAACUGUCUGCUGAUGCUCAGCAAUCCCUCGGGACUUCGAGGAUGGAGUGGAACGAGAUGCGUACAGAGCUGCACGCAUUCGUUGACGAGCAGCGCGUAUUCUGUGGUUUCCUGGACACAGAGCAGAGGUCUUAUCAUGACCUCAUACGGCAAGAGGUAACAUCUCUCUCGCGGUUGGUUGAUACGAGCCUGCGCAUUGAUCAUGGCCUCGGACCCGUGCUGGAGGGCUCGCCACCAUCACCAGCACCUUUCGAAGCAAUGGAGGCCGUGGGGCAGUUGGGGUCGAUGGCAUGCGGAGCUCCAAGGAGUUCUUUCACCGAUGAGCUGCGACAAAGCUGA